CUCAAUUCUGUUACGGUUUCUUCUCCGUAUAUCAUUACCGUCAAACAAUUCUGUGCAAUAAUGUCUCAGGAAAGUGUUUUGAAUAGGAAUAUAUCGAAUGUUUCAUCUUUUCAUUCUCUGUAAAUUUAACGGAUAUGUCAAACUCCUAAUUCCCCUCAUCGGAUAUUCACCACCUCUGUUUAUUUGUUCCGUGGUGUGUGGUGACUUUUGGGGAAGCUCUCUGUCGCUAAAUUGUCUCUAGAGCAUCCCAGUGAUCAGAAUAGUGGAAACGGAGUAUUGAGGUGUUGGACAACAUGAACAACGGCUUCAGCACAGGCGAGGAGGACUCCCGGGGACCGUCUGACCAAAUUUGCUGUCUCAUAGACGACGGCGAGAGGUGCAGGCACACAGCGGGAAACGCGUCCUACAACAAGAGGAUCCAGAAAACUGUGACCCAGCGUCGUCUAAAGCUCAGUAUUGACAGUCAUGCCCACCAUAUUUACAUCUGCGACUUCCACAAGACCCGGAUACAAUGCGCCCGGACGAAGAGACGCCGCAAAGACAGCGAGGAAGACAGCAAUGAAACUGACACGGAUCUUCCUGAAGUGGAUCUCUACCAACUUCAAGUGAACACCCUGAGGCGCUACAAGAGACACUACAAAGUCUCCACGCGUCCGGGAAUGAACAAGGCGCAGCUGGCUGACACCAUCAUGAAGCACUUCAAGACAAUUCCCGUCAAGGAAAAGGAGAUUCUCACUUACUUCAUCUACAUGGUUAAAUCCAACUCAAAUAAGCUGGACGGGGGCGGGGAAGGCCCCUAAUGAGCCAACAGGCGCUUCGAAUGAGAAUGAAUAAAAGAUUUAUUGGUGACCGACA